AUGAGCUAUUUGAUGUAUUGGGGGCAGCACAUCUCAACGUGGAACAUAAAAGAAAAAGAGUGUCAAUUGAAGAAAAAGAUACCAAAACAUGGAUUAGUUGUACAACUUAUUUUAUCUGACUACAUGAACUCUCGAUGUCAACUGGACUUGACUGACAUGCAGUCAGAGCCAGAUAAAGAUUAUCGAUUCAUUAUGAAUUAUCAAGAUCAUUUAACCAAAUUCACAAUUCUUCGUCCUCUUAAGACGAAGACUGCCGAGGAAAUGGCCUACCAACUCAUAGACAUAUUUUGUUUAUUCGGUGCCCCAUGUAUACUUCAAAGCGACAAUGGUCGUGAAUUCGUAAAUAAAAUAAUUAAAAGUUUGGCCGAUAUGUGGCCUGGAAUGAAGCUUGUUAAUGGUAAACCGCGACAUUCUCAGAGUCAGGGUUCGGUCGAACCAAGAUAUUUGUGA